AUGACACCACAUAGAGAGUGGUUAACCAAUUUUGAUGCAAGCAAAAGGUCUAGUAUAAAACUAGCAGAUGGGAGAAAACUUGCUGCUGAAGGUAUUGGUAACAUAGUGAUCAAAAGUAAGAAGGGAGGUAAAGUGAUCAUCUUUGAAGUGUUAUAUGUCCCUAGUAUGAAUUGCAAUUUGCUCAGUUUAGGUCAAUUAGUGCAAAGAGGGUUCUCUGUAAGUAUGGAGGACAAUGCACUGAAGCUGUUUGACAAAAUGAAGAACUUGGUUCUGAUGUGCAGCUUAUCAAACAACAGAACCUACAGGUGUAAAAUCUCAAGUGUAGAUAUGAUGUGCAUGUCUACCACAGUGAUUGAUGAGGUUGAAGCACUUUGGCACAAAAGGUAUGGACACUUGAACUAUAGAAGCCUCAGUGAUUUAAAUUCUAAGGAAUUGGUGUAUGGCCUGCCUAAGUUUAAGACUAAGAAGUCCAUAUGUGAGAUAUGUGUGAAGAGUAAGCACAGUAGAAAACCUUUUGUAGCUGAAAUGCCCAAGAGAGCUAGUGGUGUAUUGCAAGUGAUUCAUAGUGACAUCUGUGGUCCAUUUGAAGUUGCUUCAUUAGGGGGAAGCAAGUAUUUCAUCACAUUUAUUGAUGAAUAUAGCAGAAUGAUCUGGUUAUACACUUUGAAGCUAAAGAGUGAAGCUUUAGAAGUGUUUAAGAAGUUUAAAGUCUUGAUUGAAAAAGAAAGUGAGAAAUCAAUUAAGAUUUUGAGAACAGAUGGUGGUGGAGAGUAUACCUCAAGAGAAUUUGAGAACUUCUGUAUUAAUCAAGGCAUUACACAUGAAGUUACUGCUCCAUACACACCACUAGGGGUUCAAACACUUGAACCCCCAUCCCCAUUGGUGCAAAUUAAUGAAGUCAACAAUGUUGAAGAAAAUUCUAAGAAGAAAAGGAAAGUUGGAGACGCAUCAACAUUGCCCACAACCAAUGAUACCAACGUUGAAGCUGGAGAUACAGGUAACCGAAAACCUAUUAAACCUAGGUCCUGGACUUGGAAACAUUUUAAAAAAGUAGGCUCAAGAGCUAAGUGUAACUGGUGUGGUACAACAUAUGCUGCUGAUUCAAAUAAAAAUGGCACUAGUAAUUUGAGAAACCAUUUGUUGCGCCAAUGUCAGAAGUUUCCCAAAGAGUCUCUUGAUCCCACUCAACAGACUCUUAUCCUUCAACAAUCGAAAAAAGAAGAUGGGAACGAAUCUGGUAGUGUUCUUACCGGUGUCCAUUUUGAUGCUGAGGCAUGUAGGAAAGCUUUAGCUAGGAUGAUAAUUGUUGAUGAGUUGCCUUUUAAGUUUGUUGAGGGUGAGGGAUUUCUUUAUUUCAUGAGUGUUGUGCAACCUAAACUCACAAUUCCAAAAAGGAUGACAGUUGCUAGAGAUUGUUGGGACUUGUACACAAGUGAGAAACAUAAGUUAAAGAGUGUGUUUAAUACAACAAAUCAAUCUAUUUGUCUUACAACUGAUUGUUGGACUUCUGUGCAAAAUUUGAGUUAUCUUUGUCUUACUGCACAUUUCAUUGAUCAUGAUUGGAAAAUGCAUAAAAGAAUUCUUAAUUUCUGUCCAAUUGUGGAUCACAAAGGAUUGACCAUUGGCAAAAAAAUUGAAAAGUGUUUGGAGGAAUGGCUGAUAUGUAAAGUUUUCACUGUAACGGUUGAUAAUGCUAGUUCCAAUGAUGUUGCCAUCACUUACUUGAAAAAUACAAUAAGUGAUUGGAAUUCACAUCCAUUGAAAGGGGAAUAUAUGCAUGUCCGUUGCUGUGCACAUAUUCUAAAUCUUGUGGUCCAAGAUGGUCUAAAAGACUAUCAUUCUUCAAUUAGAAAGAUUAGGAAUGCUGUUAACUAUGUUCGUAAAUCUCCGGGUCGUUUGGAAAGGUUUAAAACUUGCAUUAAGGAAGCUAGGAUACAAGAAAAGUCAAUUGUUAAGUUGGAUGUUUCCACUAGGUGGAACUCCACAUAUAUUAUGCUAGAAAGUGCAUUGAAGUUUCAGAAGGCAUUUAAGAGAUUAAGUGAGAAGUGUGCUGAUUUUGUGUUGAUGCAAGAUGGUUGUCCAAAUAAUGUGGAUUGGGAUAAUGCAAGAUGUUUUGUUAAUUUUUUGAAAAUAUUUUUUGAUAUCACUAACAAGGUGUCAGGUUCCACUUUUGUAACCUCUUCUCAAUAUUUCAAUGAACACAUUAUGAUAUUGACUACAUUCAAGGGGUGGAUAGAAUUGAAGAGUUCAGACAACUUGCUUGGAAAGAUGGCUGAAGAUAUGAAAGCUAAAUAUGAAAAAUAUUGGGGUGAUGUUAAAAAUACGAAUAUGUUGAUCUUUGUUGCUGUUGUGCUUGAUCCUCGACAUAAGAUGAGGUUUGUUAGGUGGGGCUUGAAUAAGGCAUAUGUGAAGGAUGUUGCCGAUUCUUUGUAUACAAAAAUAGAGGAGACAUUAUACAAAAUAUUUGAUAGUUAUAGGCUUUUUGUUGAACUUAAAGCACCAGAGGAUGCAUUUGCUGCGGAGGUUCAGAUGGACACGGAUCUUAAUGACAACAUGCAGAAAAAUGAAGUGGAUUUGUAUCUCAUGGAAAAUUUGGAGAAGAAAAGUCCUGGUUUUGAUAUCUUGAACUGGUGGAAGGUGAAUUCCACCAAGUAUCCUAUUCUUGGUCAAAUGGCUAGAGACAUAUUGGCCAUUCCUCUCUCUACUGUUGCUUCAGAGUCCGCUUUCUCUACCGGAGGUAGAGUACUUAAUAAUUAUAGAAGCUCUCUUUCGCCAAAGACAGUUGAAGCU